CGGCGAUACCAUACUGCCAUUGUUUCCCCAUUCAUCACUCCACCACUUGAAAAUUGAAGCACCCAAGAAGAGAUCUUUUUUAAUGGAGAAAGUGCCACCAGAUUCCAGCUGAAUAUUACUAUAUAACCACUUCUCUCAGCCUGUUCCUCUCAAGAAUUCAUCAAUUGGGCACCAGCACUUUGACCACUCUUCAAUGGGGGCAAUGGCGAGGAUGGUGGCAAUGGCAUUGAUUAUGUUUGCAGUGAUGAUAAGCAAUGUGGGGGGAGAUAUGAAAAUGGUAAAUGGGUAUCCAAGAAAGGCAAUACUCAGCCGGUUUCUUGCAGAUAAAGGCGUAGCCCCAGCGCCAUCGCCAUAUCCAGCUAAGAGCUAUUCAUGCAGUGCCCACAAGAGUGUGUGCAAGCAGAAUAACAUUGCUGGUGAAGUGAAAUCCAAGUGCUGCAAAGACCGUUGUGUCAAUGUACUAACAGAUCGUUAUCACUGUGGGAGUUGUGAUAAGUCUUGCCCAUUUGGUUAUGGUUGCUGUAAAGGCAAGUGUGUGAAUGUGGCCUAUGAUAAAAAGAACUGUGGCAGCUGCGGUGUUGUUUGCAGUAAAAAGGGCAAGUGUGUUUAUGGAAUGUGUUCCUAUGCCUAGUUCUUCUUCUUCUCUCUUACUUCACCCUCAAUGCCACCUAUAUUUAGGCCUUUCCUGGUCUCAUUAGUGAGACCUGUUUCACAUAGGCUACAAGUGUUUGUUAUAUGAGGAGAUUGGUAUUAUAAAUAACUGCAAUGGCUUGUUGCAUACAUGUAAUUGAUGGAGAUCAAUUCAUCAUAAACAGAAUUUGAUUCUCGUAUAUGAGACAUUCUCUGCAGGAGAAAUGUUUUGUGGGUGUGUGAGUGAACUUUGGGAAUACCCAUUUAGAAGAUUGCUCUCACACUUGUCUAUGUAUUUUCUCUCCAAGAUAGAGGUUUUAUACACCAAGAGUAAUUUAAAAAUGUAAGUUUCUAUCA